CGUCAGUCACUUUAUCAGAUAUUCAAAUUUUUCUUCAGAAACAAGUUGAUGAACUUCCCGAAUCAGAAACCAGAAUAUAUAAAAGUAUUGUUGAGAUGCUUCACUGGUUUGCAGGCAUGCAAGUUCGAAAUGUAGCAUCAAUUGGUGGAAACAUCAUGACUGGAUCACCAAUUUCUGAUCUUAUUCCAAUUUUGAUGGCUGCAAAUGCUAAAUUAGAAGUUGAGAGCCUUGAUGAAGGUCGUAGGAAGAUUAAAAUAGAUGAAAACUUCUUUACAGGAUAUCGUAAAAACAUCAUCGACCGCUCUGAAGUUCUCAUUUCCGUAUUCAUUCCGAAGACUUCAAAAGAUCAACAUUUCUUAGCAUACAAACAAGCCAAACGUCGAGAUGAUGACAUUGCUAUUGUUAAUGCAGCUAUAAACAUAAAAUUCUUGCCCAAUUCAAAUUAUAUCAAGGAAGCGAGAUUGGCAUUUGGAGGAAUGGCACCUACCACAGUGCUUGCGACAAAAACAGCAGAAAAGAUUAAGGAUGUUGUUUGGAGUCGUGAUCUUGUAGAAACUGUGAAUAAAAGUUUAUUGGAAGAAAUCCCUCUUUCAGCUGAUGCACCCGGCGGAGUUGUGUCUUAUCGUCAAUCACUUAUGUUGAGUUUGUUCUUCAAAGCAUUCCUCAAUAUCAGCAAUACAUUAGAAAAGUCAAUGGACUUGAAAAUUUUGGAUGAUCGUGAUAGAAGUGGAAUUAAUGGAUUCCAUACUCUUGACCCAAAAAGCUCUCAACUGUUUGAGAAAGUAUCAUCUGAUCAAAAAACUACAGAUCCAAUUUAUAGACCUCUUAUUCAUGUUUCAGCUUUUAAACAAGCAACAGGAGAAGCUACAUAUGUUGAUGAUAUUCCAAAAUAUGACAACGAACUUUAUAUGGCACUUGUGUUGAGUACAAAAGCUCAUGCCAAGAUUAUAUCGAUUAAUGCUAGUGAUGCAUUAAAACAGACAGGGAUUCAUGCUUUUUACUGUGCAAAAGAUGUUGAAAUUGAUCGCAAUCUUAAUGGACCGAUGAUAAAAGAUGAAGAAGUUUUUAGAAGUGAUACAGUAACAAGUCAAUGCCAAAUUAUCGGAAUAAUAAUCGGAGAUGAUCAAGAUAAAGCUCAACGAGCAGCGAGAAUGGUCAAAGUUGAGUAUGAAGAGCUUUUUCCAGUAAUUGUUACUCUAGAAGACGCAAUAAAGUAUAAAUCUCACAUAUCCAACACAUACGUAGUGCACAACCACGGAAAUGUUGAGGAAGGUCUGAAGGAAGCAGACCAUAUUAUUAAUGGAGAAGCUCGUACGAAUGGACAAGAACACUUUUAUUUAGAACCUCAUGCAAUUCUUGUUGUUCCAAGAGACAAUGAUGAGCUACAACUUUUCUCAUCAACACAACAGCCUGGCGAAUUACAACGUCGGACAGCUGAAUUUCUCGGAAUUCCUCAAAACAAAAUCGUAUGUAAAACAAAAAGGAUUGGCGGUGGAUUUGGAGGUAAGGAGACAAGAAGUGCAUUGAUAACACUUCCAGCAGCUUUCGCCGCAUAUAAAAUGAAUCGACCAAUACGAAUUGUACUCGAUAGAAACGAAGAUAUGGAAAUGACGGGAGGAAGACACCCAUUCUUGUUUAAAUAUAAAGUCGGAUGUACAAAAGAUGGAAAAAUUACUGCAGCUGAUAUAAAGGCUUACCUUAAUGCUGGAUAUUCUUUAGAUUAUUCCUCAUUUGUAAUGCAAAAUGCAUUCGAGCACAUCACAAAUGCUUACAACUUCAAAAAUGUCAGAUAUGAAUCCAAUGUUCUUAAAACCAACACAAGAUCAAAUACUGCAUUUCGUGGCUUUGGAAGUCCACAAGCCAUGUUUGCAGCUGAAUCAAUCAUAAGAGAUGUUGCAAAUGUUGUUGGAAAAGAUUAUUUGGAAAUUAUGGAUUUAAAUAUGUUUCAGACUGGUCAGAUUACCCACUACAAACAGGUUUUGACUGAUUGCAAUAGUUCACGAUGUUUGAAAGAAGCUUUGGAGUCAGCGAACUUUGAAAAACGUAAGGAAGAUAUUGAAGCAUUCAAUCAACAAAAUCGAUGGAAGAAACGUGGGAUAAGUGUAGUAAAUAAUCUUUUUGGUGUUGGAUUCCCGCCAGUUUUCAUGAAUCAAGGUGGUGCUUUAAUAAAUAUUUAUCUUGACGGAUCUGUGCUGAUAUCAAUUGGAGGUGUUGAGAUGGGCCAAGGUUUACAUACAAAAAUGAUUCAAGUCGCAUCACGAAUCUUAAAAAUUCCAACAGAAAGAAUUCAUAUUCAGGAAACAGCAACAGAUAAGGUCCCAAAUGCAAUAUCUACUGCUGCAUCUGUUAGUUCUGAUUUAUAUGGAGGAGCAGUUAUGGAAGCUUGUGGUAUAUUAAGAGAUAGACUCAAAGCUUAUCGUGAAACAAUGCAUGAAGGAAAUUGGAAUGACUGGAUACAAGCUGCUUACUUGAACCGAGUUUCUUUAUCAGCCACUGGGUUCUUUGCAACACCAGAUAUUGGAGCAGACAUUGGAAAAACUAAGAAUUAUUACACUCAUGGAUCAGCAGUAUCUGAAGUUGAAGUCGACUGCUUGACUGGUGAUCAUCAAGUCAUUAGAACUGAUAUUGUUAUGGACGUUGGAUCAUCAUUAAAUCCAGCAAUUGAUAUUGGACAAAUUGAAGGUGCAUUCAUGCAGGGAUAUGGAUUAUUUACACUUGAGGAACUAAUUUACUCACCAGAUGGAACUUUAUAUUCAAAAGGACCAGGAAUGUAUAAGCUACCGGCUUGUAGUGAUAUUCCAGGAGAAUUCAAUGUCUCAUUGCUUACUGAUGCUCCGAAUCCUAGAGCUGUUUACUCUUCAAGAGCUAUAGGCGAGCCACCAUUGUUCUUAGCAUCCUCAGUGUUUUUCGCCAUAAAGGAAGCAAUCGGAUCUGCAAGGAAGGAAGAAAAUUUGGAUCCACACUUUUAUUUACAAUCACCAGCCACAUCAGCAAGAAUCCGAUUAGCAUGUCAAGACAGCAUUACAGAAAAGAUACCGAAGCCUGAACUAGCAGAUGCUUCAGCAUGGAACAUUGACAUUUGAAACUUCUUAAUUCAUUAUUUUCCUUUAAAAUUUGGAUCCAGAAACCCGAAGAAAAUAUCUUUGAAGUCUAUUAAUAGUGUCUUUAAGGUCUAUUGUAAAGUCUAGAAUGUAUCCAGUAAAAUAUAAGUAUUGAAAAAGUUCAGUUGAGAGUGUAAGUUAAAUAUGAACAAAAAUCUAAUACAUCAAACACGUGCUACUCGGCACAUCACAUAUAAGCUAUUAAUAAAAUAAAAAUAAACAUUUUUUUUAUCGUCUGACAAUUCUAAUG